AUGUCAGUUUAUAGUGGAUUCUCUACAAGAGCACAAGAAAUGCAUUAUGCGAAAUUAACAGAAAAAUUAAUAGAGCUUCUACAAGCUAAGCUACUCUUUUUUAUCAGGGGGUAUAAUUUGCAUGACGACUCUUGGGGAAGGCAGUUUUAUGGAAUUUAUAAAGAUAUGACCAAGAUGGAACUGCAGAAAUAUUUAGCCCCGAGGUACUCGGAGUCAUGCAAACAUUUGGCUGGGUUUUUAUAUAACUACCAUAAUAGGUCCCUUGAUGAAGUUAAUAUCCCUGACUAUUCAAUUGACAACUAUUUAGCAAGACUUUCAAACACAGAAAAACAUUAUAAAUUUGGCCCAAAUUAUGGGACAAGUCCUACUCACGUCCGCAAAAAGAGUAAGAAAAUAAAAUUUUUAUCAAAAAGCCCACCAUCCCAUAAGCAGACAAAAAACUACCCUGGCAGCUAUAACUAUUAUGGACACAUGAUGGAUUCCUUUUUAAGAGAUAAUUCAAGGUUUAUCAAAAAGCCUAUAAUUUCCAGGAAAAAAAUUUUAAAGCCAAAUUACAAUUCCCCAGAGCGGUCUGAAGAUCACGAUUUUUGGCUGAUAGAUGACAAAAUUCAUCUAUUUGAGACAUAA